CUGGGUGGGGCCAGUUUGGUAGCCAGGAAGUGAACGCAAGCUAAUUCUCCACCGAGCUAGGCUCUCGUACACGUGUGUAUUAAUCUCUAUAGAUUGUGUUGAGUAUUAAUACUGAACAUGGAGAGUGAUGAGGAAAAAUAUGACGGCAUGCUGCUUGUUAUGGCACAACAGCAUGAAGGCGGAGUACAGGAGCUGGUGACCACAUUCUUCAGCUUUCUCCGACGAAAAACAGACUUUUUUACGGGAGGUGAACCUGGAGCUCCUGAGAAACUGGUGAAGGAGGCUUUUGCUUAUCACAGUCAGCUGGCUCUCAAGGCCCAGAAAGAGAAACAGUCCAGACAGGAGAAGGAGAAGAAGGAAAAAGCUGAAAGAGCUGCCAAACUGCAAGCUGAGGAGGAGAGGAAGAAGAAGGAGGCUGAGACCGAGCCCAGAAUCAAAGAGCUCACAGAGGAGGAGGCUGAAAGGCUCCAGACAGAGAUAGACCAGAAGAAAGACAAGGAUGAGAAAAACAAGAAAGUGUCUGAAAGCAGUUCUGUGGAUGCAUCAGACAAUGCAGCAAAAGGGUCUGAGUCAGAAGGGGAGGAGGAUGAAAAGGAUAAGGACAAGAUAAAGCCCAAUGCUGGAAAUGGAGCUGAUCUCUCCAACUACAGGUGGACACAGACCCUGUCUGAAUUGGAUCUCAUCGUGCCUUUUGACGUGAAGUUCCGCCUGAAGGGGAAGGAUGUGGUGGUGGAUUUCCAAAGGCGUCAUCUAAAGGUGGGACUAAAGGGCCAUCCACCUGUCAUCGAUGCACCCCUUUUUAAUGAGGUGAAGGUAGAGGAGAGCUCCUGGCUCAUCGAUGAUGGAAAAAUAGUCACCGUUCACCUGGAGAAGAUAAAUAAAAUGGAGUGGUGGAACAAGUUGGUGACCACAGACCCUGAAAUCAACACCAAAAAGAUCUGCCCAGAAAACUCAAAGCUUUCUGAUCUGGAUGGUGAAACCCGUAGCAUGGUCGAGAAGAUGAUGUAUGACCAGAGGCAGAAGUCCAUGGGCCUUCCCACCUCUGAGGAGCAGAAGAAGCAGGACAUCAUGAAGAAGUUUAUGGAGCAGCAUCCUGAGAUGGAUUUCUCCAAAGCCAAGUUCAGCUGAGAACCAUUGCAUUCAUAUUGAGAACAUUCUACAUUUCUGUCCACUGAUCACUUCUCCACUGCACAGUGAAAUACAGCUCUUCUGAAGGUCAUGUUGCAUAUUUCACCAUGUUCUGAAUAUUUAAUUAUUCCUAUGUUUACAUUUUUUUUUUUUUUUAAUAAAUCAAUUCAAACUUCA